AGACGAUGUCUGGCGGCAGUUUGGCCAGCGCCGCCGUAGUAGCCGAUAUUCGCGCGCGCUACGCAGUCGCGCGUGUAUCAGCGCCGCGUGAACCACCGACAGUGCAGCCUGCAUAUAUGAAUGCUUGAUCGCGAGUGAUAAAGCCGCAUCGGCUUGUGUUGUGAGAGAGAAGAGAGGAUGAUGGAGGAGGACGUACCCGGCGAAUUGGGCUUAGCGAUAGCGACAACCUUCUCCGUAGCUACGGAUGACGAUGUCGACGGACACGAGAUCGUCGUCAAGCAAGAGCCCCCGGAUAUGUUACUGCCGCCCGAGGUUAUAGAGCACGAGCACGAGGAUGAACACGCGAAUGAGGAUGACGACGACGAUGACAGGAUGUUCGAGGACGAGGCACAGGUCUUUCCCGAGGACUCGGACAUUGUCAUGCAGAGAGCUGUCUCUCCGCCGACUUAUGUCGACCCUACAGAGGAAAGAUUUCAAGAACUCGCAUUGUACUACAAGGAGAAAUUCCAACUGCCAGAUGUGACAGUUGCUUUGGAGAACUGUGACAAGAUCUGGAAUACCAUGCAGAUGAUAAAGAAUCUCCAGGAAUGCACAAAAGAGGAAGACAGCUCUGAUGUUUUGCCAAAGACUUCUUCUACUAGCGAAGAACCAAAGUUGAUACCUUAUCAGCCCAGCCUGGGAAAUGACAAUAAAGCCCUGCCUGAUUUCAGAUUCUCAGUGAAAAGUAAAAGGAAGUUAUACCAUUGUGUAACUUGUGGAAAGGAAUUUCUUGACAACAAUCAUUUGCAUCAGCAUGCAAUGCAGGAGCAUGGAAUUUAUGUCAAUCCAAAGAGAAUUUAUAAACCAAGAGCUGAUAUGAUUGCCAAGGUAGUAUCACCACUGGCUGCUAGUUCCGGCAAAGUUCAAAUCAAUGAGACUGUGAGUCCUGUAGCAUUAAGACCACAAAUACAGACAAUAAUCCCUGUACAUGCUAUGCAAGCAGUUGAAACAAUGCAACAAUCCAUAGAGCCAAUGAUAACAGAUAAUGACAUGGUUCCAAGUACUCCAAUUGUUAAUGAAGUGAAAACCGAAGAAUCUCAGGUUAAAGAAGUUAAAGGAAAUCUUGGUCCUGUAAAAGAAAAAAUAAAGUGUGUUCUCUGCAAACGACUGUCUACUAAUAUUGUUUCCCAUAUGAGAAACUACCACAAAGUAGGCUGUCUUAGUUCGAUAAUUACUCAGUGUGAAAAAGUUGUGGAUCCUCCUCCUAAUUCUUCAGCAGAGGAAAUCGCUCCAGAAGAGAGCGAAUCCGUGAAUGUUCCUGAGGCUGCUCCGGUAGACAAAAACGAAUCUUUGCCAACUACUGUAAGGAAGAGAAAGCGGAACCAUCCUCGCUGGACUAUUCAUAAAAAAAAGAAGUAUUCUAGCUUACCUGUACAGAAUUUCAAUAAUGGUCCUUUCCAAUGCCUUGUAUGCUUAGGCUUAUACAAAACGACGAAAAGCUUUAGUUACCACAAAAAGCUUCACAGGAUGAGAGGUGAAACACCUGAAAAUUUUGAUCCAUCCAAAUGCAGGUUUUUGAAUUCACCGCUAAGGCUAGCAAAAGGAACACAGUCUUCUGCAGAAGCAAUAGCAAAUCCAGUUUCUAUACAUAAAGAGCCUUCGAAAUUACAAAAAGCAAUAACUGAUUAUAUGGCUAUGCCAAGAGAAGUUGCAAAGCCUGAUUUGGUAAAUGAAGAUACAAAUAACUCGGAAAGUUCAAGCUUGGAUGUAGAUAACGAUAAUCCAUCAGAGCGACCAACUUGCGAAUGUGGUCGAUCCUUUAGAAGCUCUUACACAAUGUUCUUGCACAAAGCCAAAUGCAAAAAACCUAUGAAAAGUUCCAACGACGCAGAUUCUGGUCUUGGUAUUAGUAUUAAAAUUAAGAAGAAUAAAAAUGACUCAUAUGAAGUUGUGCCAAGAAAUACUCCAACUGAAGAGUGUUAUAAAGGGCCCAGCAAGGACAGCGACGCCUCGUCAAAUGACUCUGGAAUGGCUUCUGUUGAUCUUAAUAAUCAAAGAGUGGAUGCUUCUGACCCAUCACAAUUUAAUAAUGAGAAUCAUACUGUUUUGAAAAUAAGAGCAGCUGAGGAUGAUGAAGAAGUGGAUAUCGAAGAUGAUAAUUCUAAUCAUAGUAAUUUGAACAACGUCAUUGAAUCGCAAAUUCCACGAGAUCCGGUAAUCUUAGAUACAGCCGAAAAUGACGCUCUGUCUGUAAAAGACUCUACGAAAAAUCAUAGUAGUGUGCCGACGUUAAGAAGCCUGUGCCAAAAAGUAUUAGCAACAUCAACUAAACAACAAGAGCAAGAUUUGCCUAUAUACAGAUGUGAAACGUGUAAGACUUACUUCCAGACUAAAACAGAAGUUAUGGAUCAUGCGAAAAAAUUGAAUCACGAUCCUAAAAGCCAUUGCCCGUGUGGCAAAGAUUUCAAGAAUUUGAAAUAUUACAAUGUACACGUGAGAAGGUUUCAUCCGACGUUAUUGAAAUGCAGUUACUGCUCGACUAGCUACGAUAGAAUUGAAAAGUCGCUUGAACACGAGUGUAGCGUAACCGAAGGACCGGCAUUCAUUGAACCAAUAAUCCAAACCACAUGCUUACAAUGCAAAACUUUAGUAGAUCUUGGGGAAUCAUUUGACAAACACAUGAAGACCCACAUGGUUGAUUCGACAUUGGUUUACCAUUGCUUCAAGUGUGAUUUAAAAUUUGAUAAUUCCCAUCUGAGAAGAAUGCAUUUCGAUAGCAAACAUGGAUUUUCUCUGUGUCGCGUUUGUGGUAAACUUCUGCAUAUAGAUCACAUUUACGAACAUGAGGCAUACCACGAUGGAUUAGGACAUCCAUGUCAUAAAUGCAGAAAAACGUUUUCCCUAAAGGCACAACUUAAAAGGCAUAUUCAAAAUACCCACGAGCCUCAUGUGAACAAAGUCAUAAAAUGUAUGGUUUGUUCAAAAAGUUUAAAGUUGAAAAAUUUGAAAAAGCAUGUGAGCGUACAUCUGCACACAGAGAUUUGCAGAAAAUGCAACAAAUGCUUCAAAAGUUAUGACGAGGAAAAAAAUUUAGAAGAUCACAUAACUUCUGAUCAUCCUACCGAUUAUCCUACAUUAACUUGUGAUACUUGCAAUGCUGCUUUCAUUUCCGACGAAAGGUAUAAAGAACAUUGUCAAAACGGGUCUUGCAAAUCCGAUUUAAAUAACAAAUUGACUCUUGUACAAAACGCAACAAGUAAUUAGCCUUUUUUACGAAAUUUUUUAAUUUGGUUAGUAGUUGAGUAGAGCCGAAAAGCAAAACGAUGCUUUUUCAUAAUUAUGAAUUUAUUUGUAAGUUUAAAUCGGUUUUUAAACAAACUGAAACCUUUUAAGAAUAUCAACAUAACGCUUUUUUAGUUAAUAAUUCUCUAGCAGUUUGACCAUUGAAGACAAAAUGUAAAACAGUGAGUAUGAAGUUCACGAUAAAUAAUCACUUACAUAAUUCAAAAUUUCAAAAUGCCUUUGAAACUUCAUACAAGUAACUGUUUGCAUAAAUUCGAUUAUGUGUUGAGCAUUUACGAAAAUCAACUGUAAUGUUAAGAUUCAAAGUUAAAUUGUUUGAUGUGUGCAAAUACAUGCACUGUCUUAAUCUGAGUCAUCCUUACAUCUACGAAAAUUGUAGUGAAACGCAUCAUUGAAUGUACGUGUAUUGUUAAAGUUUAUAACUAACAUUCGUUGCUAGAUUAUCGACUAAGAACAUCGCAACAAAAUGUAUUUUCGUUACGAACGAGGCGUAGAAGUUGUCAAAGUUGCGGAAUCUUACGAUUGUAAAUAUUUUAUAUUUUUAAGACGUAUUAACAAGGAAAUAGAGAGUACCGAAAUAGUCUACUGACUCGAAUUUCUACAUGUAAAUUUUUACUUCUGCGUUACCGUUUGUAACUCAUUAUACGACUUGUCAAGUGACUUGUUUCAAUGCUACAGGGAAAACCGCGCAAGCAAGGAUCCAACAAACGAUUGUACUAGAAUAACGCCAUCCAUGCGAAUUUUUAAGCCACUACGACGAUGCUUAGUAUAAGGAUACGGAACAUAGUUAUACGGUAAAAUGUAAGCGUUUGUUAGAUCCUCCUUGAGAGUGAGAGUGAAUGAAACCGCGAUGACGCGAGCAACAAGUAUUUAUGUUCAAACGAGGAAUUGUACGUUGGAAAAUUUGUAAAAAUUAUGAAUAACGAUGAUAAAUCAAACGAGUGUGCAGGUGACAAAACGAAGCGCGUGAUAGUGAAAAAUAUUUGUUAUUGUUUACCUACGAAUCCAUUGGCAGUAUGAAUUGCUAUUUACUUUUACUUUAACAGUUAGAUAGUGUCUAAGAGUGCUGAUUUGGUCGCCGACUAAAAACGGACGACAACCGAUAAAUAUGACAAAGCCAAGCGCCUGAAUGUAAAUUACGAACAACUUACUGGAUAUUAUCAUUUUUAAUAAAAAAUCUGCGUGGAAAACCCGAUGAAAUAA